AUUCCCCUUUUCUUUGGCCCACCUUUUGUUGUUAGCAAUUAUGUUUGUUUUUCUUGUCUUGAUGUUUUUAAGACCAUUUGAUGCCCCUCCACUUGCUACUCACCUAUGGAUGGUGGUGCUGGCCAACAAACUUGACAUGCGACACACACAUACGCACCACCCAUAAUAACACUUCGCAAAAGAGCAACAUUUAGGCAUCUCAUGGCGCAUGCCUCCUGCACCGGCCCAUAAACAACAACAUCCGCGACAGCCAAACGAAAUGAACGAACGAAAGACUUGUGGUGUUGCUUGUUCUCUGUAGGAGUGUGUGAUGAUCUUCAAACGAAUUUCAUUUGAAUUUAUUAAACGGUUAGGAUCGCAAGUGUGCGUAUAUAUCAUCUGUUGAAUGGUCUAAAAAUAUAAUAUUCCUUCUCAGCAUAUAAAAACUAAAGUGAAUAGAACCCGAACAUCGCCAUCAGAAAAAGACGUACGCGACGCGAGCACCUUUUCUUCAGUUUCCACCGCAGCGGUGCAAGUACUAAAGUUAAUAAAUUAUUGAAUCGAUGAUAACUAACUAACAAAUAAAUAAAUAAAUCCAAUAGCAAAUAAACAAGCGCAACACAGGUGAAAGGGAAAUCCUUUUCGAUUCCUUACUUCAACAACAAUAACAAUCAGCGAAAUGUCUUCCGCCGGCAGUGAUAAAUCCGAUCGUUGUGCCGUGUGUCAGGUGCCAGCCACUUUGACUUGCUCGGCAUGCAAAAGUGUUAAGUAUUGUGGCAAAGAUCAUCAGCGUGAACAUUGGCAGGAACACAAAGUAGAAUGCGAAAGCUCGUAUAGAAUUGAAAAUGACGCAAUUUUGGGUCGCCACCUUUUGGUUACGCGCGACAUACAAGCCGGCAAUGUUAUUUUCGAGGAGAAGCCAUUGGUGGUGGGGCCCAAAUGGUUUGUUUCGGAGCGAGAACAGGAGGUGCCCGUUAUGCCCUGUGUGGGUUGUUAUACACCCUGUCGCAUAGGUGGUUUCAGUUGUACCAAGUGCCAGUGGCCUUGUUGUUCACCCCAUUGUGAAGAUAUUGAAAAUCCCAAUAGCCAUGGCAUAGAUUGUGAGAUCUUAAGAUUGGGCCCUGGACCAAAAACAACAAGUGACAUCAAAGCCAUGACCGACUACUACAGGCCGGAUGCUCUGCUGGUAUUGAAAUGUCUGCUGCUGCAAAAGCAAAAUCCCAAAAAGUGGAAGAAGCUAAUGAAGAUGCAGAGCCAUGAAGAGGACCGCGAAGGAUCAGAGCUGCAAGAAGAUGCCGAAAAGCGUGUCGUCACAUAUUUGAUGAAGAACUUUUUGGAACCGCUCAAAAAGAGGGAGGAAACGACCAAAGAAAAGCUACUCGAGCAAUACGAUGCAAAAAUCCUGCGUCGCAUUUGUGGCAUCAUAGAAACCAAUUAUAUGGUCAUUAGCCUUUCAACGGGUCUGGAUCUGAGUGGGGUCUUCUUUACCGCCUGCAUGAUGGAACAUUCGUGUAUGCCCAACAGUUAUUUCCAAUUUAAUGAAUGUGAUGGCUGUAGUAUUUCCGUUAUUGCGGGACGAGACAUCAAAGAGGGGGAGCACAUCAAAAUCAUGUACACCAAUAUGUUGUGGGCCACCCAGAUGAGGUUGGAACACUUGCAGAUCACGAAACAUUUCAAGUGCCAUUGCGAACGUUGUACAGAUCCCACGGAAUUGGGUAGCUAUUUCAGUGCCCUAAAGUGUGCCGGCGAUGUGAAUACAAAAUGUGAUGGUGGCAUUCAGUUGCCCAAGGAUCCGUUGGAUAAGAAAACCGAUUGGAUAUGCAAUAAAUGUCCCAUGGUUGUCAAUGGUGAACAGGUUGGUUAUCUUCUAACACAAAUGACGGAGGAGGUUAAAACCCUGAUGGCCCGUCGUCCCACAGUCAAACAAGUCGAGAGUCUCAUUGAGAAAUUGGGUACAUUUUUGCAUCCCAAUCAUUAUCACAUGUUCAGCUUGAAACAUUGUCUCAUCCAGCUGUAUGGCAACGAAAUGGGCUACAAAUCGGAGCAGAUGUCCAGCAGCCAAUUGCAAAAGAAAUUGAAAAUGUGUGAAGAUUUAUAUGACAUCUGUCAGAAGCUUGAUCCGGCCACAAUACGUCUGUCCAUCUAUGUGGCCAUUAUUUUUCAUGAAAUGCAUACCGUCUACAUGGAACAGGGUCGACGUAUGCUAGACGAUGAUAAAAUCCAAGCCUUGGAACUGUUCACCAAUGCCAAAGAAUCGCUGGAGAAGGCCGAAGAGGUGCUGGAAAAAGAACUCGAUGGUGUGGCGGGCAAUAAACUGAACGACCACAUACUGAGGGCAAUGAAAAAUGUCAAAUUUUAUAUGGAAAAUAUGUGCUCCUGAAAGAGAACCCAACCAUAAAAAAAAAAAACAAAAUCACACGCUUGCCCCUGCUGUUGAGAGAAGGUUGUGGUGGAAGAGUAAAGAGUGUUAAAGCGGCUGCGACAGCUGGUUUUUUUUUUUUUUUUUUUUUGUUUUGGGUUGAGAACUUCUAUUUAUUAUUAAAUAAUUAUAAUAAUAUAGGUUUAUAUAUUUAUAAUAAUAUUCUAUUACUAUUAUAAAAGAAAAUAAUUAUGAUGAUGAUGCUGAUAAUAAUAAUGAAGAUUUGUUUUUGUUUCGUUUGUUAUAACAAUAUAAAAUACAAGAUUUUUAAAAAUAAAAACUACAUUAUACCGUUA